CCGAAAUGCGGACUCGAGUGUGCUUGUAAAUGAAACAAAAUAACCACCCCCUUGCCUCUCUGCCAAUCAAAAGGGAUGCUGUUUUGUGAACCUUCUCCUCCUGCCAUGAUAAAAAGGCAGGAUGCCGAAGCAGAUUAAGCCCGCCACUAGCUGCAGAAGAAGUCCAAGAACAACAAAACUAGCAUCAUGAAGAACCCAAUGUAUGAAGCGGUCUCUUUGCUCCUGGGGAAGUUUUUUUUGCUUGCCAACUUCAAACUUCUUAGUGUAAGCACCAGCGCAGAAGAGGAAGAAAAGAAAAAACAUGCUACUUGUUCUAACACGACUUACUUCACACCAGGUGACUUGCUGGAAGUGCCCCGCACUCUUUUUGUUCACUUUGGCAUCUACCUGGGUGACAACAUGGUGGCCCACCUUAUGCCAGACAUCCUACCAGCUUUUACCAAUGACCACAGGCAGAUCCAGAAGGUGGUGAACAAUAAGAGACUGAUUUUGGGCGUCCUCGCUAAAACGGCCAGGAUUCGUGUAGACGCUGUGGAGGACUUUGCCUAUGGUGGCUGCAUUCUGGUGAACCGCAUGGAUGUGCUCUUCAAGAACAGUGUGUUGUGCAGUGAGGAGGUGGUUUGCCGAGCAAAGAAGCUGGUGGGGACGACAGAGUACAGCUUGCUUUGGAACAACUGUGAACAUUUUGUAACACACUGCAGAUAUGGCUCUUCAGUCAGCUUCCAGACAGAAAAGUUCUGUGAAAUAGUGAAGAUGAUUAUUCGAGACCAACGGAGUGUUCUGGCUUCAGUGCUGCUGGGACUGGCUUCUAUAUUUUACCUGGGUCUGGCACCUUCCACUACUCUCCCCACCAUCAUUAUUCCAUUUGCUUUGUGGAUGGCUGGUUAAUGACACACACACACACACUCCGAUUUUGUUGGCAGCUGAAUAAAGAACGAAUAAUGUAUUUAUGAAAGCUUAAAUUACUGCUCAGUAUUGUGUACAGAGGAAAAAUGCAACUUAUAAUUUUGUACUGAUAUAAAUACAUCAUUGUACAGAACACAGUGAACAAGGAAUAGCUUACUGUGUAAGCCAAAUGACUGGAUUUCCUGAAAAUCUUUCUGGAAGGCAUCUUCAAAAGGGCUAACUCUGAAGAAAGGUACUACAGGCCGUUAGCCUAGGCUUGGACACAUAAGUCUUCAUUUUCACUAGAACUUAUUUUCAAGUGUUAGAAGAAGCAGCUUUAUGGAUGUAGCAGGAAGAGGACAGACUAGGAGCAACAGUGGCUGAUGCAAAAUGCUACCAGAGUGCAGUGUAUUCUAGUUGCACUGUUUCUGGACCCGCUCCAACCCCAUGUUAUUCCUGGGAGUAAAGUAAACCCAAAUGUCAUUUUAUUGUUGCAUGCUUAACAAUUCCUAGCUGCCGCCCAUCUGUUGCUUUCCAUUUCCAUAAAGCAGGAAGUUAAACUUAACAAGUGCUUAUUCCUUUUAAUUACUCCCCCUCUCCUCCCCCCUACCUUUCUGCCUGGGUUUAGGUGCAGAGAAAGUCUGCAGUUGCUCAGAGUUGUCCUGAGGCCUUUAGAAGUCAGACUAAGGGUCUCUCUAGACAUGCAGGUUUUUAAAGAUUUGGGUCUGGGGGUCUCAGACCCAACUAAGGCUCCCGCAGCCACACACUAGUUAACAAGUAAAUGGCUGUUAAAAAAUAAAGGCGAUCCCAAACUGCCUCAGAACGCCACUGUGGGGGAGAGGAAGGGCUCCUCCCCCCCCUAAUCUGUUUUCCAAAAUAGUGAGCAAGCUGGGGGAGGGGCGGUGCCUGCAUGUGGAGUACUCUGUGCACAUGGAGCAGUAAAUAAAGGGGAAUUGCCUCUCCUUGCGCUAUUUUGACACUGGGAAAGGGCUUGAGGAGGAGGGAGUCAGGAGCCUUUCCUCCUCCCCAAAGAAGGUAUUUAAGGUUGUUUAGGCUGUCCUUUAUCUUUUAACAGCCAUUCCCCAAAGCUGCUGUAUGGCUGCAGGAACCUGAGUUGGGUUUGGGGAACCCACACCCAGCUCUUUAAAAACCUGCACGUAUGGAGAGACCCUAAAACAAUAUGGUUGGUACAAGUGGCUAAGAAGCCAACUCUUAACUACUCCAAGGAAGAUGAAAGGAUGGGACCUAGCUCUUUAAUCUUUUUCUCACGGUGGGUCCAGGUGAUAGAGAAAGUGUAAGGCUGACUAAAGACAGCCAACAGUGGCUGUUCACUGUAGCGGAACAUACAUAGGGGCUGGCCCCGCUUUCUGGCCCAGUGAAGCAACCCACUCCAAGGGACAGGGUUCUGACUAAAUGGCAGAAUACUUUCAAUGCUUUAUAGAGUUACUCACUCCAGUCUAAAGCAGUUAAUUUCAAUGGUCUUAUUUUGGACUAGCUCUACAUAGGAAUUUACUGUAAAUUUCUAGUAUUUUGUUGGGCGGGGUAGUUGUAUUUGGAAUUUCUACCUGAGAUGCAAAAACUGUCUUAGGCUGUCUUUGAUUGUCUCUUGGGAUUGGAAAAACAAACAAAAUCCCAAACCUGUCUCUAAAAUCCAGAUGUUUUGGACUACUUAAAUCUGAUGAAUGUCUGCAAUGCCUUCUCACCAGUUCAACAUACUCUAUUACUGAUUAAUUGCAUGCCACAUUAUUUACUUUCUUUUUGUAAUGGAAAAAAAGAUUAAAUACGUUUGGUCUGUGAUGGAUUACAGAAUGUUUUUCAGUUCUAGUAGAUCAAUGAACUUAUAUACAUCUUUGCUUUAAAAUUCUUCUGGUAUGCUAAAUAAAUGCACUGAUAUGUU